GAAUUUCUGGCCAUCAUUAAUAAAUUUAUGAGAAAACAACAGGCAGAGACACCAUACAACAAUAUAAGCCAUAUAAUUUAUAAUUAUUGGCACACCGAAAAUAUUUGGUUGUGUGAUAUAUAUGUAUAAUAAAUAUAUUUAUAACAGUGUUUGUUUUAUGAUCGAUUGGAUUAACAGAAUUAUUGAUAAGAGCGCACAACCAACUAGGUAUACUUUCCUUUAGUGAAGGUAAAUCUUAAAAAAUACUUAUUUGUUGGCUAUCCAAAGUAAAGAAAAUUUAAGUCAACUUUGACUUAUGACUUAAAUUUCAGAGACUAGAAAUAGAAAUGAAGUAGAAAGAGUUUCAAAGAGUAAGAAGCUGGUGCUAAUUCUAACAUUAACAGUUUCUACUCCUGUCUGACUGUACAUCUACUCUACUACCUACUGCUGUCUAAUUUUUAUUAACAUUUUUAUCAAUUAUUUUAUAUAGUUAUAGUUAUAAAUUAGAAAGUUAUACGUUUUUAAAGCUGAGAUACUAGUGACAGUGAUUGAUUACAUGAUUUUAUUAUACUACUAGGACUGGAUAGAUAAUAUUAUAUAUGCUUAUGAUAGUACAACAGUAAAAGCCAAUGAUUGAAUGCCAGUGCAGUUCAGCUUCAGUUCACAAUCAUUCGGUCAUAGUUUUUCAUACACUUAAGGCUACAACUACAAGUACAAGUGGUAGGCUUGUAACUGUACUUAGUUUAGAGGGUGAAAUCUGUGCUGUAAAUACCAUGCACACCCACUCUUGGGGCCAAAGCAAAAGUGGUGUUAUUAGCAGGGAUGGUGCUAUUUGCACUGAAUGAUGCUACUCCUUAUCCACAAAAAUCACAUUAAUUUGAAAGCAUAAGGCAAAUGCACUUUAAAAAUAUGAAUUAAUGAGAAAACACUUAUGUAUAAGCAUAGGCUUACUGAACUGCCUGCAGUGCAUACAUUUAUCAUUUAGGCCUAUAUUGUAACUAUAAUGUAAUGUAAUGCCACAGAACAAUUAUAGGUCAAUGUACGAUUGAUGUUUCUCUCCGAUUCUACUGUAUAUUUGCACUGCUUUUUUUUCUAUAGCUGCCAUCUUUGUUGCCAUGAUGUGUCAUAGCAACAAAGAUGGUGACUGUUUAAAAAAAAAAUAGGGUAGUGCAAAGCAUGUCUGCUAAAAUGGGACGAGAGAGAGCUGGUACAUUAAUUUCGUGGCGAACGUAGCAUCUUAAUUGUAUCCCUCUAGAUAUUUUAAGAUAUGCAACAAAAGGUUCAACAACCUGCGGUCACUGCCUUCCUUCAACUAAAACACUUUAAUAUAAUGAAAUCCAACUUACAGUUUCAUAGUAUACUUUUUUAAACCGUUAAUUGCAGUUUACACUAUUUCGUGGUGAACGUAGCAAUUUUAUUGUAUUGCUCUAGAUAUGUGGCAAGAAGUGUCAAUGACCUGUUGUCACUUCCUUCCCUUAGCUAAAGCAUCUGUGCUACGAAAGUUAGCUUUGUUUUUAACCUCGUUUUAAAUUUUAAAAUAAAACUAUUUUCAAUUAAUAUUUCAUUGGAUGUUUUAUUUUAAAAUUUAAAUCAGCGAAUUAAUAUUUUAAAAAAAGAAAAGUUAAUUCUGUUAAUAAUUAACUAGUAAUAAAAAAAAGGGAACUCACUCAUUCCUGUGGAAAACGUCAAGCAUACAUUCUUCAAAUUAUGAAACUAAGCAAUAUUCAUUUUUGAUAAACAUUCUUCAUGCAGUUCAUUUACCAGGCCUGGUUUCUUUUACUUUUCCAAUUUUGGCGUACAAAGUGCAAUUUUCCAAUUUCUGUUAUGAUUGUACGCCAAUAUGAAUAUAGUAUAGCUAUUGGGAAUACAAUUUUUAAAGGAAAAGUAACAUUUUCGUAAUACUAUUUAACUUAUUCUAUCUACUUUGAUAUUCAUUUGUGCUUCAAUACGUGCAGGUCGAAAAAUGGCGCAAAACUUUUCUCCAAGAUAUCUACGGCUAUGCUUUAUUUCAGAAAAUUGUACAUUAUGUUACAUUUUUCCAUUAAAAAAUGCUUUCCUCGUUAGUGAAACAUCAGUUUUUUGUGAUUCUAUGAAAUUUAUGCUACAAGUUUUGUGGUGUGUCACACAGACAGGAUUAUCAUAAUGAUUCGGUAAGCAUAGAUCACAUAAAUAUUUUUUGUUAGGUAUUCCCUAAAAAUAAGGCUUAGUUAUUGGGUAAUUGCAUCCAUUCGGAGUUUGAAGAUAUUUAAUUUAUUAAAAACGAUCAAUUCAAUGAAAAGUUAUGCUUUCCGCUGGGGUGGGGAAAGGUAUGAAAUUGUCCCCAAUUUAACAAUUAAUUUUUAUCAAGUGGGAUGCUGGAAAUGCCUGUUAUCAUUGUCAAUUAUGAAGUGAUUUUUUAUUGUUGAAUACAUAUACAUCUGAAUAAGAGUUUAAAAUUAAUAAUUUUACAAAAUUAAAAAAACAACAAAAAGGAAAACUUAACUUGAAAAGAAGAGGCCUAAUACAAAUGAGUAUUUUUUUAAUUUUAUAAGGUAUUUAAUUAUAAUUGUUAAUUAUAUAUUAAGUUAAUGAAAUAUACUAAUACUUAGACUACUUACUGUUUUUCCACUGUCACAUACCUUUCAAAUUAGCUUCAAAUUUGUUUAAAUUUUGUAUGUGAAUGCACUAUUUUUUUUUAGACAAAAAUGAGAAUUUGAUCAAAUAGUAAUUUGAAAAUUGUGACAAGGCUUCAUACAAAAAUCACAUCAAAUGCAUGAAUGAAAAUUUGAAAGGAAUUUGAUCAUGUAAAUUGAGCCUUGCUCUUACUUAGAGUCUAGUGUUAUUAUAUAGGCAUUAGUUCAUAUUAUAUAAUUAGAAUCAAAAUAAUUGUAAAAUUAUUUACAUAACAGUUUAUGACUUGUUUAAAAUUAGGUGAUAUAUAAAUUAGCCUAUACGAUUUUUAUUAAAAGACUUUGAAAACUAAUAAAUAAGACUCAACACCAUCAUAGUAAUCAUAUUUUUUUUAUUAGGACAUAGAAAACAGUUUACAUUUCAAAUAACAUAAAAAAUAUAGAAAUUUUAAUAAACACAAACCUUGCAUAGUAUUAAAAAUAAACUAGAAAUUGAUUACAUGUUAUUUCAAGGCUUCUUUCAGGUACAAUAGAAUAUUUUAUUCUUUAUUUCAGAACUUCAGUGGCGAAGACAGUUUAUGAGGGAGAGAUUGUCGUAUUCAUCAACAAAAAGAAUAUAGAGCAGUCUACCCAUUAGCAACUCAAAAUUAAUUAAAUGUGCCUGCUUUAAAAAUCAAGUGUACAAUUCCGUUUGCAAUAUUUUACUAUUAUGAGACGGUUUUAUACUAUUUUGAGAGUUCCAGGAUAACCAGGUCUAAUUUACAUCAAAAGUUAUGAACAAUGAACAUUAAAAAAUAAAAUAUAUAUACAUUAGUAUUGCUGUCAUUUUGAUUGUCUUGCUUUCACUAUGUGGCCAUGUGUUGGCAAAAUGUGUACAUGAUUCCCAAGAUGAAUUCACAAUCCUUAGUUUAUAGCAAAUCUUCUGUCAAAAGGUUUUAUCCUGAUUUAGAUAGACAGCUCAGCAGCAGUCUGAUUAUUGAAGUAAAAGAGCUUUAUAUAACCUGUGCAUGGCAUAAUUGGCACCAUUAGGUCAUGGCAUGUACUUUUCGCAGGAAAAAAAAAAGAUUUUGUCCCUCAGGAACCAUUGCGCAUUUCUCAUUUUAUUGUGUUUCUGCUAUUUCCAGUGGUUUUUGUUUUAAAAAUCUAUCUUUGCCAAUUCUUAGAGCAUUUGCCAAGGGCAGCGCUAUUUUAUGGUUCGCUAUUCACAAGUUUAACUGUACUAACAAAGCUUAACAAUAAUUAAAUACUUAUAUAAAGCUUAGGUCUACUUUUAACAUUUUAGUUGUUAGUAAUAGCUAGUCCAAGUCAUAGUGGAUCUAGCUGAUGACUGAUUCAUACUUAACUACUUGUCACUGCAUAGUACCGUUACAUCAGUACAUGUGUAAUGAUUGGUGGGGAAUGUGGCAGUUGAUAAAUAAAUUGUAGUUCUAGUAAUGAUACUACAAGUAGGAUUGUACCAAUUUAUUAGCAGAAAAUCUCUACUUUAAUGUGGUGUUUGGGACUAGCUUGGCAUUCGCCUUUUUUUUUUUUUUCACUAUGAAUCAGCUAAUCUGACUUAUCAGGUGUAAGUUAUUAGAUCUAAUGGAGUUAUCCAUUUCUCAAGUGGUGAAAUGUCACAGCGCACUAUGUAAUGUUACUAUUAUUUGAACACUGCACAAUGUUUUUGUUUUGUAUUUCAGAGUACAUCUUGCCAUUCAGUUUGGGCUGGUCUAUAUCUUUUAACACAAGGAUAGGAUUUUUACUUACCUGUUACCCUUUUACCAUCCAUGCUCUUUCUAUCUUACCUCCUACACUAGUUCUACUAAAGAUCAAUGAAUUUAAAUUAAAAACUUGUAAAAAAAAGUAUUAUAUAUUUAGGGCAAGGAAAAUUAGAGAUUGAGAUGCAAAAUGUAAGUUCAGUCUGCAGUUACAAAUUUAACAAAGUUAUGUGAUUUCCCAAGUUUGAUACCCUAAUUACCCCAGAGAAUUUGUGAUCCUGUCAGUUAAGAACUUCCCACAAUGAUAGUUUAAAUCUUUCUGUCUUAAGUUUAAUUAACCAAUUUUAAAUUCAAUCCUUCUAGUAGGAAAGAAUAAUAGGAGUAAAAGAAUAUUAUGCAUAAAAUAUCUCGGUUGUCAACCUCCUUAUUAGCAAGUAUAACUGCACCAAUUAAAAGAUCAAAUGUGUUUAUGAGUAAAAAUAAUUUAUAAAUUAAAAGAUGCUCACUGGUAUUUAGUAGCAUCAUGCUAGUGUUUACAAUAUGGCUUGGCUUAUAACGAAUUUUCAAAUAUUGAAUAGAAAUUAAAAUAUUUAAGCUACUUUAAUUUCUUUAGAUUAAUACAUAAGUAGUGGUAAUUAAUUACUGAAUAAAACUUUCUAAAGGCUACUUCACUAGUUCUCAUAGUGCUUAGCAUUUUGUGAAAGAUUCCCACAAUGCGACAAAGGAAGGAAAUUUUCAAUGAGGUAGAUAAAUGAAUUGCUCUGUACAAUUUGGAUAGGAAAAAGUGAAUUAUCUCCCAACUGAAAGUGUUAAAAAGAAAAGGUUAAGUUAUUCAAUGUUUCUUCAUUGCAUAAUACAAAACAGGGUUGAAAUAUCCUGUACCAUAGAACUUUUUAUGCUUUUCACUGAUAUGGGGGAAAAAAGAUGAUUGUAGAAUUAAAUGUUUUCUUCUCUGUUGUUAAUUUGAAAUCUUACUUAAAUUAAUGUAGUCCAUGUCAAAAGAGCACUAGUUUGUUUCUUUAUAUAAUAUUAGAUUUUAACAUGGAAAUAAAGUGUGUCUUACAUGUAAUAAAUAUACUUUUUUAGAUAUUUAGAUCAUAUCUAUAGGCCACCUUGAUUUUGAGACAAAUCUAUCUGGCCCAUGAGAUCUUCUUAACUUCCCUUGUCAUAGAAAGUUUGCCAAACCUGGGUCUAAUAGGCUUUGAGCUUUCAUGUGACCAAUUUUGAUUUGAGCAUACAUCUUAAACUUCAUCUUAAACAUAAUAUUUUCUUUUAAACAUUUUUAAUAACGAAGUACAUUUAAGUCCAUCCCUGUGGCGCUACAGCCCAUGUAUGGCUUUGGCCUGCCUCAUCACUUCCUUCCACUCAGACCUAACUAAUGCCUUUCUUUUCCAUGCUUGGACUUUCAGCUGCUGUAGAUCAUUUUCUUCAUCAACUAUCCACCUAAGCCUAGCUCUGCCUUUAAGCAUUUUUUCUCUGGGGUAUUGGUGAUGCACCCUCUUAGUUCUCUGUCAUUUGGCAUUCCCUCUAGGUGUCCUGCCCAGCGUAGCCUGCCUCUUUUCAUUUCUGCCACUAUCGUGGGAUCCUGAUAUAGACUGUAUAAUUCCUGGUUGGUUCGUAUUCUCCAUCCAUAUUCAUCCUUUGUUGGCCCAUAUAUUUUCCUGAGAACUUUCCUCUCCCAUGUGUUUAAUUUUGUUAGGGUCCAAGUUUCACUUGCAUAUGUUACAACUGGUCUGAUCACAGUUUUAUAAAUAGUUUUCUUUGUUUCUCUUGUAAUGUUUUUACUUUUGAGUAUUUUCUGACUACUGAAGUAUGCCCUGUUUCCGGCUGAUAUUCUUUCUUUUAUUUCUGUUAGUAAUUCGUUUCUUUCAUUUAACAAGGAUCCUAGGUAUUUGAAUUGAUUUACUUUUUCAAAAGUUUGGUUUCUAAUUUUAAUUGUUUCAUCUGUUUGUUCCUCUCUUAUCACGGUCAUGUAUUUUGUUUUUUGGUUGUUAACUUCCAGCCCUGCUUGUAGAGAUGCGUCUUCUAAUUCAAUAAAGGAUUUUGAUAUGACUUUAAUACUUUUCCCUAGAAAUGCUAUGUCAUCAGCAUAUGCAAGAUACUGAAGUGGUUGGUUGUAGAGUGUGCCCGUUGGUUGUGGGUCUUGAGUUUCCCUCAGAAAGUAUCCUGUUAUCAUUCCUCGAGUGUCAAUGUGUAUGUUUCUAAUAACUCUCUCUAAUGUUAGGUUAAAGAGCAUACAAGACAGUGAGUCUCCCUGUCUUAGGCCUCGCCUAAUAUGAAAUUCUCCUGAAUAUUCUCCUUGAAUCUUGAUUUUGCUUUUUUGAGUUGUUUAGUGUUACAUGUAUUAGUCUUGUCGGUUUGUUGGGUAUCCCAAACUCCUGCAGAGUCUCAUAUAAAUAGUUUAUUUUGAUGCUGCCUAUGACAGCAUCAAAAAGAACAUUUAGCCAGCUACUAAAUACUGGAGAAUCUUAUCACUUAAAGGAAUGCUUUUGAGAACUAAUAAAAAAUCAUUUGUGAAGAUAGGUGAUUCAGUGUAUGAUUUAUAGCUUAUAAAGUAAUCCACGAAGGAACAAAUUUCACACAAAUAGAAAAAUUAACCACCUCCAAUAGUUAUGUAGAAUGCAGAUUUUUCCAAAAAAUUUAUUUGAUGCAUUUAGAAAUAUUGAAAGAAGCUUUUUACAGGCACAGUCAUAAAAAAAAAAUUAAUUUAGAUUUAUUGAAACAAAAUUUUACUAGUUUUAAUUACUAUAUAAAUGCAUUUAAUUUACCGUUACUUUCUAAUUUUUAAUUAAAACUAUUGUUAGAUUACUGUAUUUCCCUAUCAUGUUGUUUAACAAAUGUUAGCUUCUUCUUCUCUAUCAUUUCUAUAAUGAAUGUGUUGUUUUUUAAAUUAAAAAAAAAAUCAUUACUAUAAAGAAAAUAAUACAACUUAUGCAGUCCCAUACUAAGUUAUGUGGUUAUAAAAAAAAAUUAAUAAUUACCAUGCCAUUAAUUAUUUUAUAUCAUGCAAAUUUAAAAAAAAACAUCUGUACAUUCUUUCCAGGCAGCUUUGAAGCACUGUUUGACAAAAUACUCAUUUAAUUCAUGUCCAGACCUACAAUCAUGCCUGCCCCUAUGGAAAGAGAGCCCAUGAUGCCAGGUCCAAGGGAACCUAUGAUGUCUGGCCCUAUGGCAGGUCCAAUGUCAAUGUCUGGUCCUAUGCCAGGUCCAAUGUCAGGUCCAAUGUCCAUGUCUGGUCCCAUGUCAAUGGCAGGCCCAAUGCCUGGACCUAUGUCAGGCCCUAUGUCUGGUCCAAUGUCAGGGCCUAUGCCAGGACCAAUGCCAGGCCCCAUGCCUAUGUUCAUGGAUAGAGAUCAUAUGAUACCGUAAGUAAUUUAGAUUCAAAGCAUAUAGAUUUAUAGCGCACUGCUCUAAAAGGUCACUCUGAGUUGACAAUUAGGAUUUAAGUUGCACUGAAACUAACAUUUAAGCAACACUGAAUUUCUUAUAAGAAUCAAACAACGUUUCUGAUCUUGGCGUGUGUGCAAAUUAUUAUUUUUUUUAACAUCCAGUGAAAACCUGUACACAUCACACAAAAAGUAUGUAAAUGGGGAAAAUGUUUUUAAAAAAAGCAACUAAAUAAUGUUAGGGUACACUGUAUCAAUUAGCAUAUAUGAAUUUAACCUAAGAAACUACCGUAAAUACUCGCGUAUAAAGUGAAUUUAGAACUAUAAAAUACAAUACUGAAAUAAGGGGUCAGCUUAUAUGCGCAUAAAACAAAAUGGACACAAUGACAGACACUAAUGCCAAUUUUCCAUCCACACAUUUUCAUCGCUGUCUGACUUUAUUUGGUUGUGUGUACAGAGUACUAUUAUAUAUAUACAGAGGUGUCACUUCAAAGAAUUAAAUGUAUGCAUAGCUGAUAAUUAUACUGAGCAGAACAUGUUUUUGUGCCAUUCCAAAGGUAAACAAACUGGCAUGUAACAUAAAAGUAAGCAUUUUACAUCUUUACAUUAACAAAUUUCUAUGAACCAAAAAUAUGAAGUCGAAUUAGACAAUGGUAUGGUCGGUUUAUAGGCGGGUUUUUGCAAAAACUGGCCAUUUUAAAUCAGUUUUAAGGGGUCGGCUUAUAUGCGAUGUAGGCUUAUAUGCGAGUAUAUACGGUAGUUUUAAGCAAACUAAUUUUUCUCCUAUAACUUUUAUAUAUUUGGAGUAAUAUAAAUAAAUAAAAUUAUAUGUAAUAUAAAAAUAUUUUUAAAAGAAUUCUAAAAUUUAAAAUGGUUAAACUUUUAAGACACUUCAAUCCUUGCCUCUUGGCCCUUGUCCCAACCAGCAAGGUCCCACCCACUGUAUCUAUGAGGUCAUACUAUUAGUCGCUAACCACCAACUUAAAGCAGUAUGGCACUACUGCUUACUAAAAAUCAAUUUAUAUUCCCUUUCCAGGAGACCUACUCCUUACAUGGGUCAACCAGACUACAGGAUUUAUGAGCUAAACAAACGACUGCAGCACCGAACGGAAGUAAGCUAGUAACUAGUAAAAAAUUUAAAGGUUUAUUUUUAGCAUUAGCUCAUUAACCACCUUGGGCUGCUAGCAUCUUGGGAAAUUAUUUAUACGCACAUUUUGGUUUUGAACACCUUGAGGUCCAUGAAGAAGUUUGGAAAGGGGGACACCAUGAGUUUGCCACACUGGGUAUUACACAGGCCACAUGCUGUAUUGCAAGAAUACAUUAUUUUUUUUUAAUGCUAUAAAAAACCUAUUUAUCCCUACGCUUUCGCCAUAGUAACUACAUUUUUAAGCCUUAUACUACGGCACUACGAAAAGCCAAAAAGUUGUUUUUUUGUUUGGUUUAUUUUUAAUUAAGAAAUAAAUAUUUUGGGUAUUUUCUAAAAAGUAACCUUUUUUUUUUUGUUUACACCGUAAGCAAUCAAAUAAGAAUAACAGUGAUUGGACUUUGUCGUCUCGAUCCCAAUGAAUCAACCAGAAUAAUUUUUUUAGAGGAUGCAUUUGUAAUACUUAACUGCUAAAGUGUCGUCUAUUCUUAGUCAUAAUGUUGCUUAUCCAUUGGAUUUGAUCUCAAUGACUAGGUGGUUUCCCCUUGAUUGUGCAUGCACUUUCCAAGUUUAGAAUUUUUUCGUAUUAAAAAAAUAAAUCAGACCAUUUUGCCUUGGAAGUUUGUUUCUGUUCAGCUCACCUAUCAAGAUAUUUAGGGGUAAGUAAUGUGCACAAUUAUUUUAUUAAAGUCAUUAAUUAUUUUAAUGUAGUUUUUUUUCAGCUAUUAAUUUUUAUAUAGCCAUUCUAGCUAUUAAUUUUUUUAUAGCCAUUCUAAAUAGAAGAAAUCUAUGUCAGCUAUGUGUCCAAUGACUAAAAAUAAAAUUAAAAUGAUUUAGUCUAUUAUGUAUUACUAAGUCUUAGACUAACAUUUCACUAAAUCCCUAAGCUUAGCCUUAGCCUACUUUUUUAUGGUAUGACUAAUGAUUAUAAAAAUACUAAUUCGGAUAAUACUAUUAAUAGAAGCUAACGGUAUGAGUCGUAGUUCUACCCCAUGCAAUGAUUAUGAUCAAAGUAGAAGAAUUUUAUUUUUAAAUUUAACUUUAACACAUGAUACGCGACUGCAGUUUUUAACUUAGUAAUAGACCCUUUUUAAAAAUCUACCAUAUAACAUCUGGCCAUUAAAAGAAAGUAAAGAGUUAAAGGCCUAAUUUAUUUUAUUAAAUUAUUUUUUCAUAGCUCACUAAUAAUAGUGCAAAAUUAACAUUAAAUGCCACCAUUCCAAUUUUCAUUAUUCAAAAUGUUCUUGGUACCUCUUCUUUCGCAUUUCUUUGGCUCAGUUCUCUGUCACUACAUAGGCCUGUUUUAGUAGCUCUAAUCUCUACCAUAUUAAUUCUGGUAUAAAUAGUAAUCUAUAAUAGUCUGUAUGAUUUAUGAUCCACUGUCGUCCAUAUAUGAUUAGUAAUAUAUUAAUUCGUUUAUGUUUCUUUAUUCAGGGUCUAGGGUUAAUAAAAUAAUGCCCAACAACAGCACCUUUAAAUUUUUAAAGACUGAUGAUGGUUAGGAGAGCAACCAAGGUUGACCAAGUCAUCACUGCUAAACUCUAUUAGAUUUAUUGAUAUCAAGCAUAUUUGCAGGACAGUCCUCAUGUGACAUCUGGAAGUGAAAAUAUUUAAGAAAAGUCAAUCAUCUUUAUCACCCACCUCAGGUGUCCACUUCUGGAACUUCACUGUCAAGUUCUCAAUUUAUGUGUCCAAAUAUGAAACUCUGAUUACAGAGGUUUUUUAUAGACACUCACCAAAGUGUAUUUACUCAAACUGAUCGUUUCCUCACAAGAAAAAGAUACUGAUUCCAUAUAUGAAAUGAUUUUCUCUACGUGGUAGUUAAAUACAUGUUCUAGAAAUACCACAAUGACAAGACACAUUGAUAAACUUAUUCAGAACUUUGAAAAUAAAGACAAAAAAUUGUAAAAUCUUUUUAAAUAAACUAAUGAAAAGUUUGCGCUCUUGCUAAGAAAUUUAAUAAAUAUUUACGUGUAUACACCUUUAUUGGUUAAUUUUGUUCUUGCAUUUUAAUAUUGUUUUUAAUUUUAUAGAUUCAUUUCAUAUUUGUUUUCAUAUUACCAACACAAAACAAAAACUGUUGUGUUGCAAGAGUCUUGAAUUUUAGCUCAGAUAUGCUUAUCAGUCAAGCAGUUUAUGCAGUCAGUGCCUUUUGAGCUUGCCUAUGUUACAACUGCUCUGAUUACAAUUAUAUAUAUUUUUCUUUCAUUCUCUUGUAAUGUUUUGUGACUACUUAAGUAUUCCCUUUUUCAGGCCAAUAUUCUUUCUUUUAUUUCUGUUAGUAAUUCAUUUCUAUCAUUUAUUAAAGAUCCUAGGCAUUUGAAUUGAUUUACUUUUUCAAAAGAAUGGUUUCUAAUUUUAAUUGUUUUAUUUUUCUGUUCUUCUCUAUUUUGUUCACUGGUUGUUAACUUCAAGCCCUGCUUGUAGUAAUGUGUCUUUUAAUUCAGUAAAGGCUUUUGAUAUGUCUUAAAUACUUUUCCCUAGCAGUGCUAUGUCAUCAGCAUAUGCAAGAUACUGAAGUGGUUGGUUGUAGAGUGUGCCCGUUGGUUGUGGGUCUUGAGUUUCCCUCAGAAAUUAUCCUGUUAUCGUUCCUCAAGUGUCAAUGUGUAUGUUUCUAAUAACUCUCUCUAAUGCUAGGUUAAAUAGCAUACAAGACAGUGAGCCUCCUUGUCUUAGGCCUCGUCUCAUCUGAAAUUCCCUCGAGUAUUCUUCCUUGAUUGGGCUUUUUGAGUUGUUUGAUAUAUGGAUCAGUUUUGUCAUUUUGUUGGGUAUGCCAAACUCCUGCAUAGUCUUAUAUAGAUAUUUUCUUUUGUUGCUGUCAUAGGCCAUUUUUUAGUCAACAGUUCAUGUACUGGGAUAUUAUACUCAUAACAUUUCUCUAAAAGGCAUCUGAUGGUGAAAAUCUGAUCAUACCUUGAUCUGUUUUGUCUGAAAUACUAACUGGCAAUCCUUUACCUGAAGCAAAGUCUGUGAGUCGGAUCCCAUUGUCAUAGGAUUCUUUACGUAGCCUCUCCGUGCCAAUACUUUUUCUUUCUCUAUUUUGGCAUUUAAGUCGCAAAUCACUAUUUUAAUAUCAUGCUGUGGUGCCUCAUCAUAGAUCUUUUCCAGCGUCUCAUAAAAUGAUUCUUUUAGCUGAACUUCUGUAACUUUGGAUGGAGCAUGAACAUUUAUCAAUGUUAUAUUAUCCUCGCACACGCAAAAAGCACAAUCUUUCAUUCUCUGGUUUCAACCUAUGACUGCACUGCCGGUGGUCUUACUUCAUAGCUAUCCUGUUCCAAGAGUGUUGCUGCCACUAUAAAAUAUGGUUUAGUAUUUCGGUUUAGAGCUUGUCUGCAUUUUCCCAUGGAAUUUCAUAUCAUGCAGCUGUAGCAACCUUAUAUUUAUCUUGCCAAUGUACCCUGGAUGGUAAUCAGAAAAACUUAAACAGCCAUUUUGCUAAAAUCGAAAUGAAUGGCCCUGUAAAAAACACAUAACUAAAGUAAAAAAAAAUGGUUAAUGUAUCUUAUUUAUCGUAACGUCUGUCAGCAUUUCUUUUGCCGAUGAGAUCCCAUUCCUGCUGAGAUCUCGAAACUGGUCAGAUCCCGUUUCCUGAUGGGAUCCAGUUCACUGUUGGAUUCUGUAACAGGUGGGAUCCAGUUCACUGUUGGAUCCCAUUUCUCAGAGAGAUCCUGGUCCCCGUGAAAUCCCAUUCCUAUUGUGAUCCUGUUACCAGGUGGGAUCAAAUUUCCUUUUAGAUCCCGUUGCCCUGUAUGAUCCUGUUCCUCUGGUAUCACGUUCCCUGUGAAAUCCUGUGGUCUGGUGGAAUUAUGAAGGGUUCGUUUACCAUCUUUGGCCUGAUCCAUAAAUAUACUUAGAAAUGUAUACUGUUAUCUUAGCCUUCAUUUAUUUAUUUAGCUUAGGCCAUAAUAAUGGACAAUCAAUUGGGAAUAGAAAAUUCCAAAAUUAUCUUUAAUUCUUAUUCCAUAACAUUGAGAAAACUUAUUGAAAAUUUCUGAAACAUAAUAAAUAAGGGCAUUUAUAUAAUCUUAAAAAGAUUAUAGAUAAAAAUCAAAGCUUCUAGAAUAAUCUAGAAACUUCAUGAAACUUAUAAAAACAUGAUUCUGUGUUACUGAGAAAAUCCCCAGGAAAGUAUAGAAAUUAAAAGAACAGCUAAACAAAAUUUCAAAUAUAUCGCUGUGGAACAAUAUAAAACUUUCUGGGACAUUCUAGAUUAAAUUUAAUAACCUCCUCCAAACGUGUUAAAUAACUAUAACUAUUUUUCAUUUAAGUUAAAAGAAGGGCCCUCGGAGGGGGGGCCAUUCCAUAAGUUGCCAUUUUAGUUAUGCCUGAAAUGGGGGCCCAAAAAAAUAGAUGAAUAAUGAAUUUAAAAGUUGUCCCAUUAAAAUUGGUUUUAAAAUGCCAUAGAUCUAGCUUUUUAAAGUUAUUGAACAUUAUGGAAAAUUAUAGUCUGGCCCUGAAUGGAUUCAAUAUUAAUAAUUUUAAAUCCACUGAUAUUUCAAUACAGACUAAGAAUGGUGUUUGUUGUCUAAGCCUAUCGGUAUUUAUAUCUUAUAUAAGGAAAAAUGAAAUGGGGCCCUCAUCCCCAAAGAAGUGGAUAUUAUGAGUUCAGUACCUUCAGUAUUUGAAUAUGGAUAAUCAAGUGUAUAUGUAGAAAGUUUGGUCAAUAUCCAUACCUUCAUGUAGGAUUAUUUGUUGGUGAUUUUAUUUAUAAGGCUUAUAUAAGAAAAAAAUAUUUUGGGCCUCCAUCCCCAAAAGGAAUAUUUUGCAAAGUUCAAAACCCCCCAGUUUUUCAUUCUGGAAACUAUGGAUAUGUGCCAAGUUUGGUCAAGAUCCAUCUGUCUGUGUAAAAAUGUAAGUGGAUCAAACCCCCAAAAAUGUAAGGAAAAAUUAAAUUAGCCCACCAGCCCUUAAGAAGUUGAUAUUACGAGUUUUCAUAGUAAGUUUGGUUUAGAUCCAUCCAUCCAUGCUGUAGCCAAUGUUUGAAAUUAUAUCUAUAUUAUAUAAGAAAAUGUUAAACUUUGGGACCUCGUCCAAAAUGGAAUAUUUUUCAAAGUUCAAACAACACCACACCCCGUAAACAAAUUCACACACAGACAAAUUUUCACUUUUAUAUAUAUGUAUGAUUAGUUGAUCUAUUAGGUUGGCUAAGGCUCCUGCUGUAAACAGACUUAGUACGUUCUAAGUCACAAUCCAAAAAUUAUGUCCAAAUCCAGGCAUAAAUCAAUUUUGAUUUGAUUAGCCCAGGUUUUAUUUUGAUGUUUGGCUUUCAUAUUUUUUUUUUUUGCAUGGCUGUUAGCUCUGUGCACAACCAUCUGGAGGGCUGGCCCUUACAGCUAUCUAGAUAGCUGCCUUAAUUUUCUGGUAAGGUUCCCUAGCCUUUGUAGAUACCCCCACUUCCUACUAAGAAGUAGGUUAUAAUUUUGAUCCGCCCUGGGUAUUUUAUUACCCCGAUACCAUAAUAUCUGGUGGGCUUUCCCCUAUCUGCCACCUGGGGAGGCACUCGAUGGAAGAUCAGUACAUGCACAAGAAUUGGAAUUAUAGCCACCUUCAAAAUUUUAAAAUCUAUUUUUUACUACCUCUUUCAUUUUGACAUCUUUUGGCUAACUUUUAAUAUAUUGUGACUACUUUUAGGACAGUGACAAUCUGUGGUGGGAUUCAUUCACAACGGAAUUUUUUGAAGAUGAUGCUCAACUCACAUUGACAUUUUGCUUAGAGGAUGGACCAAAGCGUUACAGUAUGUAUUACUAUCAAAAUUACAAAACAAUUAAUUAACAAAGCUGCUUUUUCAUUGAUUUCAGUUCUUUAAUAUAAAUAGAAAAAUAUUAUUUUGAUGUAUGAUAGGGUCAGAGAAAUAUUCAGAUUGCGGUCAUUAAUUUUUACAAAAAAAUAUUUAUUACAAUCGAGGGAACAUUAAAUGUUGCUUCUCUGCACAAAUGUAGAGGAAGAAUUAUACAGCAGGACCAAAUGUACACUCUCAAACUAAAAACAUGACUCACUUCAACCUGGAUUUUUAAGCAUUCUGUGUUCAAACAAGUAAUUUAUUCUACUUUUAUCAAUUAUUUAAAGAUUAUAGUUUUAAUACCAAAAGGUAGCAAUUUUGGAAUGUGUAAGCGUUAACAUGAUUAUUUCUAUAAUGCAAUCACUUCAGAAAUAAUUACUGAUAGAAUAACAAAUACUUUCCAAUACGCAUAACAAUAAUUGUAAAUAGUCCACAUUAUAUAAUUUAAAUAUUAAUUUUCAAAUAAUUUAAUUAUAAACAUUUUAUAAAAACCAUAAUUCUAAAUAAUUGGAUCUGGACAAUUCAGGACAUAAAAUGUCACUAGCAGGAAUAACUAAACUUGUAAACACAUUUUUUUUUUUACUUGGGAACUCAUUUACUGUUAUUUUGCUAUGAAACAAAAAUGAAUUCUAAAAUACUUUCAUAAUAAAAACAUGUAUUGUAAAAUUUAAAAAAAAAGAGACAUUCUAUCAAAGAUGAGCUUAAAUGAAUUAAAUUAAAAAGUAGAAAAUAGUUUCAAAUCUCAUAAAAUGCAUCACGCAAAGAAAGUCUGUGGAGAAAAUAUUUUUAAAAAUUACUAUAAAUGAAAAUAUAUAAGUUUUGUCUAAAUUCAAUUAGAAUCCUUUGGCUACAUAAAGUGAUAAUCUACACUACUGCACAGGCAUAGAUUGCUCACAAUAGUAGUCUGAUAUAUUUAGAUUUAAAUAAUGAAUGCUUAAACUAGAUUGUGCAGGACACUCAAAAAAAAAAUCAAUUUUAUUAUUUUCUUAGUGUUUUUUUAGUUAGUUUUUUUAGGGUGGGGCCAAGAGUUUAUCUCAAAUUCAAAGACAUAUUGGCCACAUCUCCAUGUUUGAGAUACUGUAUCAGCAACAUAGUGAAUAGGGAAAGGACUAGUGUUACCUCUAACCUCUGUAGGUUUUAUGUACCGCACCAUUGCUACCACCAGGAAAAUUGAAUUUAAAUUUUGCAAAUUGUUUAGGCCUUGAGAUAUAAAGUUGUAGGUUAAAAUAUACAAUAAGUUAUAUAACUUUCCCACUCAAGAUCAUGAUUCAAAUGUUUGGGUGACAGAGUAGUGCUUGCUAGUAUAUCUUGACAUGUUUAUAGUCAUAAAAAUGGUUUAGUCUUAACACGCCCCCCCCCCCCCCCCCCCCCCUUCCAAAAUAGUAGGACAAAAUAAAAUUAUGAAAACAUAUGAAAUACCCCAAACAUAUAAUUGGAAAAGACUUUUACAUUUUGAAGUUAAAUAAAUAAAUAUUUGGCAACUGAUUAAUCGGUUAAUUAAUUUCGCAUCAGCCAAUUAAUCCUUGAGCCAGUUUGAUAAGUUGUGCAACCCUACUCGACAAGGUCAGGAAGUGUCAUGAAAACAAGAUCACCAAUGAGACACCCAAUGAAAAAAUACGGGUAAACAAAAGUCACGAAAGUUGUUUAUCUUUAAAAAAAUAAUAACAUGUUGAUGUCUGAUUAUGUUUGGUCAAAUGUCUUUUGUUUCAGCAUGUUUCUGACAGUAGAAUUAUGCGAUGUUUUCUGAUCUUUUUAUUUCUAAUAUUUUGUCAUUGCAGCUAUUGGAAGGACAUUGAUACCUAGAUACUUCAGAAGCAUAUUUGAAGGAGGAGUGACAGACUUACAUUAUGUUCUGAAAUAUCCCAAAGAAUCCUUUCACAAUACAACAAUUACUUUGGAUUGUGACCAUGCACUUAUGGUUACACAGCAUGGGAAACCUAUGUUCACUAAUGUAGGUGCUAUAUUUUGUUUACAUCUUACCAUUUCUUAAUAUUUUACUUUAGAAAGUCCACUGCAGCCCAUUUUAUGUUUUGCUUAUUUAACUUCUUCAUAGCAGUGUUUUUCUGUAGUUUUUUGUUUGCACAAGAAAAUUUGUGAUACGGAAAUCGCUAACAUUAUGAGGAAUUUUCAGUAUCAUUGGCCAAACAAUUUCAGUUUAACUGGUUUAACUACAUGAACCUGUGGGACCGGCUCGGCGUUUCUUUCAUUAUGGCCACAAGCCACUGGUAGCACCAAUGUUGGUAUCGUAGUAAAUCGAGUCAAAUAUUUAUAUUAUUCCGUUCCCGUUUUGCUUCGAGAUUUUAAUUUACUGACAGGAUGUUUAUAUUCGAACCGCAUGCUAUGGCCAGAAUGUUUUAAAAAAACAAGCUCAAUUAAUCUUUACUCAAUUUCCAAGCUAGUUACAAAAUUUUACUACUUUUUUACCGUGGCAACAAGUGAGAGGGUUACUAAAGGAUAUAAGUUAUUUUAAGUGUAAAUAUUAGUCAAUAUCUUUGUUCUUUGGUGCAUAUUUCUUAUUGGAUAUACUAUUUGGAAACCACCAAAUAAAAUGCUUUAAAUGAUUUGGAAAUUUAAAAUUUAUGCAUAAGUUGGCACAUAAUGAAGAAAACUGCAGCUGAAUUUGUACAUACACCUAAAAUGAGAAAAUGUGACCUAGAUUUAAUUCAACCACAGAGGGUUUUUCAAUCUGGCAGUUAAUCAGUUAAGCUGAGAACAAAAAUACCUCCAGGGUAAACCCUAUUAUCCUGAAAAACUAUAACAUACUCUGAAACCUAAUGAAAAUAAAAAUGUGUACUGAAAUCGGAUUGAAAACAGUUGAGUGCAAAUUUUUACUUGAUAUAACUUUAUAUCACAGGAUGUGGAAAUUGAAAGCUUUACAAUUUACAACUUAGCAAGUUUUUUUUUCUUAAUUUAUUUACUAAAAAUCAUAAUAUUGUAAAAAAAAAAUUUUCAAAGGACAAGUCACUAGAUGAACUAAUGAAUCCAGAAAUGGAUAAAGUUAAAGAAAAAUGUAACGAGAAUGGCCAAGAAAGUAACGAGAGACAUGAAAAAAUGCAAUUUAUGUACCUUGGAUCAAUAUGUAUGCCGAUCCUUACUAAUGACCUUGUAGAUUUUUAAAAAACUUUUGGUUUUCUAGAUUGAAAUCAGACAGACAAAUCACCCCAUUGUGUAAGUCCCAGUGGAUUGUUAAUUUAAUUGAAAUAAAUAAUUCAUUAUUUUAGAAGCUUGUGUUAGGAGAAAUAAAAAUGAUAUUUGUGUCAGCAGGUAAUCACAGAAGGUAGACUUAUCCUAGAGUUCACUUUUGACGAUUUGAUGAGGAUUCGUUCAUGGCACUUUGCUAUACGGCAGCAUAGAGAACUCAUUCCUCGUAGUGUUAUUGGCAUGCAGGUUGGUACUUAUACUUUUUAUGUUUAUGACCUAUAAUUAUGAAUUUAUUAAACUUUUUUUUUUUUUUUUUUUAAUUUUAAUGAUCAACAUGCUAAAAAUUUAAGUAAAUUAUUUUCUGAAAAAAUAAACUAAUUGAAACAUAUUGGUUUUAUUUUAUUUUUUAGCAAGAUCCAACUAUGGUUGAACAACUUUCUAAAAAUAUUACCAGAAUGGGUUUGACCAACUAUACUCUGAAUUUUCUUCGGGUGAGUUGUGUAGUUAUAAGGACUGUACUUUUUCAAUUUUGUUAUGCAAAAUAACAAUAACAGGAAAAACUAUUAUUUUAAAAGGCUUUGAAUUGAACUCUUAAUUAUAUUUUUUUUUACGAAUAACCAUCCUUCCAAUGUUUAAUGAGAAAAUUUAUUUUGAAAUUACAUAAAGUGGAACUGAAGUAAGUUUAGUGAUUAUCGUACCGGUAAAUGCAGAGUUAUCUAUAUGAAGAGAUGUGUGUGUGCUUUCCAUUUUGUUUAUGCUUCUCUUGUUUCUUUACAGUUAUGUGUAAUCCUAGAACCAAUGCAGGAAUUGAUGUCCAGACAUAAAGCAUAUGGCCUAAACCCACGUGACUGUCUUAAAACAACACUCUUUCAAAAAUGGCAGCGAAUGGUGGCGCCGCCAGGUAAAGGCAAGCAUCGUCCCAAAUUUAAGUAUUCUCCCCAUUCUUUUUGUUUGUCAGUUCAUUUUGUUACUGGGAUGUAUUAUUUUAUUUUUAAAUUACAACACAUUAUAUCAGGUCAUUCGUUGGUCAGUUAAAAUGCAAUUUCAGUCCCCAAAAUGUUAAUAUUUUUUUUUUAAAAUUAUUUGUAAAGCUAAAAUGACUUUUACAUAUUUAAUUCAGUAAAUAAUUGUAACACUUUUUUUUCAUAUUUACAAAUGGGCUUAAAUGUAAAAUCUUAAAAGUUUCUCCUCCUAUAAAUAUAAGUUGCUUAAACCUUUUUUUCGUUUUAAAAAGUAAACUUCCUUUUACCUUUGAAGAUUUUUAAUUGCCUGUUGUAUAUUAACCAUGAAACAGCAGGGGACGGAACUGCUAGUAAUAUCUAUUCAAUAAUUUUCAAUAAAUAAUUCAAUCCAUCUUACAAACACUUUUUAAUAACUAAAAUUGACAUUUGUUAUAAGCCCAACAGUUUUAGAAAGAUUUAUGUCAGUUUAGUUCAUAUACCUAUCCUAAUGUUGUACCGGUAUUGUAUUGUUUUAUUUUCCACAUUAAAAACCUGUGCAUGUGCAUGAAUAUUGGGAAAGUUUUUUUUUUCUUUAAAAAAUAUUUUAUAACAGUAUUUUGCUGCCUUCAUUUUUUUGUUUCAGAAACAUCAAAAGUUAAAUUUACCGUAAUGACUUCAUUUGAAUUAAAAAGACUUUAGUGAAACUUGUGUAUAUAUUUUGGCUAUUUAAAGCUACAAACGCUGUGAGUGCUGGAAUAUACUAUGCAUUAUAAGAAUGCCACACUUUAUUGGUUGAAGGGUUGAAAUAAAAUACCUGCAACAUAACACUAUUGUUUCUGGUACCGUUAUUCCAAUGUUGGAUGCAUACUAGCUAACUUAAAAUUGUAUAUUUUGUCAAGUGUUGGCUCAGAGCCAAAAGUCACUAGUAUUUUCCGUAGCCUUGAAUAUUGGCAAAGUUUAAUGACAAGUGAUUUCAUCAAUCCAGAGAAGCUUCACCCUACACUGUUGACAUCCACAAGUGCCCUAGAACAAGUGGCAGCACGAGUUGGUGACCUGCCCUUGGAGAGAGGUUGCACAACUUUCAAUUUAUUGUCUUCACUUGCCAUUAUCCUUAAAACCAUGUAUUGCUCAGUAGAGAUAAAGAUGCCACCUCUUAUCCUGAAGAGGGAAAUAUUUUAUACCCUUAACUUGAAAUGAGCUGAAGAGGAUGACUUUACUUCAGCCUUGUCAAAACAAUAAUCUUACUUUUUGUUUAUUUAUUCUUCAUUAUUGUGAUCUCUGUAACUUGGUGUCAUCAUGAUAUUGUUUGUUGUGAAAUGUUUAAUUUUUAGUGGGUAACAAACUGACUGAUAAAUUUUAAUUGUAACUUUUUUUUUUUCCUUUCCUUAUUCUGACAGUAUUAUUUAUAAAUUUAACCUUUCAUGAUCCAUUUGUUUUCUGUUUUAUUUAAGUAAUUCAAAUCUGAUAUAAUUUUCUAAGGAUUAUAAUAAAUACUUUUUAAGAGGAAUCAUAUUGACUGUUAAAUUCUCACUUGAAAUAUCAACAUUAAGCUGUUCUUUGCAUGAUGGUUAUCAACUAGAAUUAUUAUUUAUAUUUCAGAAUCUGCCCGUCCUCCAAGUAAAAGGAGAAAACGAAAAGGCUCUGCAAGCAAUAAUGCUGGGGCUGGAAAUAUGAAUAAUCGUGAUGCCCCACCUUCUGGAAAACAAAAACGAUCUCCAGGACCUCAAGGCUUCAAUUUAGGAUCUACAGUGCCUGGUGUAAGUUGAUUUAAGCAAUGGUAAAAAGCAUGGAUUCAAAUGAUUUUUAGAAUGAGUAGCAUAAACCAUCACUUAAUACAUAAUUUGUAUUCAUAUGAAAAUUUACACUUUCAAAGGGUAGGUGACCUUAAUCAUUAUAAUUUAUAAUAAUACAUUAAAAUUAAUUAUGGUGAAGUGAUUUAUUAAGUCAGAUAAUUCUAGUUUCAUCUAUAUCCAUAUUUGAGCUACGGGUAUGACUAACUGAAAUCAUCUGAUAAUUAGUUACUAUUACAAGCUACCUUGUGCAGGUUCAGGUAGUGAAACAAUCAAGUUUGUAGAAAGUCUUGCAGUGCAUAGGUUACCCACCCCUGCUCUGGACCAUAUCUAUUUCUUUGAUCUUUCAAGUAAUGCUAUUUUAUACUUUCUAGGAUGUGAUGGUUGUAGGUGAACCUACUUUAAUGGGUGGUGAAUUCGGAGAUGAGGAUGAGCGUCUAAUCACUCGGCUUGAAAAUUCACAGUUUGAACCUUCUAAUAAUGAUGACAAUGGUGACAAGUUUCACAACUCCCCAGCUGUUCAACAAAGUCCUUGGGGCGGAGACAAAAAUAAUGCUCAACCAUCAACAGUAAGCAACACGCCAACCACAAAUACACCACUAACUGAGGCAGAUAUUAAGCAAGAGUAGGAGUUAUAAGGAAUGCCUGUUGAUUAACGAUUUACUCAAAUGUGAAAACAGACAACUGUGUACUUUGUUUUGGAUUAACAAUAUGCCUUAGAAGAAACUAAAUAAACUAAUAGAAGAAACUAAAUAAACUAAUAAAAGAUUCUAAAGUCUACAUAAAUUGAAAUUGGGUAAAAAUAAUCUAGUCAUUUUUAUUAGCAAACAUCUGCUAUAACUUCAAUUCUGUUUAUGUAAGUUAAGGUACUUCUAGUUGCAUAUGAAUCAAGAAUAUGGAAUGAAAAUGUUUUCAGUUUCAGCCAAAAAGUCUACAGUGAGUAAGCAGUAAGCGUAAGAGCCUCAAACUUAAAACUUAUUAUCUGUGGAUCUGUUUAAUAAAAAUUUUUAUUAAACAAAAACCCAAAGAAGUUCAAGAAAAGUUAAUUUCUUCUGACUACCAGCAUAUAUAAAUUAACUGAAAAUAAUAGGUUACAAUUUAAAAUAAAUUCCUUCUUUUAUUACCAGUAUCACAAUAUUUAUUACAAACCACUUAGUCUUAUUUUAUAAUAAAAGCUAUGCAAUUACAUAUUUCAAAACCAAUGAACUCAGAAGAUGGAGACAUCACUUAAACUGUAUUACAAUAGAAGGGUUGCUUAACAUAUGUAUUGGCACAAUCUGUGGGUUAUAUUUAUAUAAAAUGUUUUGUCCUGUCAACUGCAUUAAAUUAAUUUAUAAGCAACUAUUGCAUGAGAUUUAUAAAUACAUAUUGUAUUUGUACAGAUAGAUGCAAGACUAAAGUGUUGUAUUUGUACAGAUAGAUGCAAGACUAAAGUGUAUUUGUAUGGUAUUAGGUAUAUAAAUAUUUACUAUCAGUGUACUAUCAGUAAAGUGUGGAAAAAAAAUAGGACCUAGAAAAAAUUAACCUCAUACUAUGAGUCAUACUUGUACUCAGCAACCAAUGGGGGUAGGGAUCCCUUUUUGAAGCAUAUGUGAGAUUGGAGAUGGAAAACUAUUCAGAUUACUGUGUUAAAAUUUAAAAUGCAGGAAACUGAUCAACUCCAAGAGGUUAAGUUAUAGCCUGGCCAAACAAAGAUAAGUUAUGUCACUACUUCUGAGACACGCUAAUAUUACUCGAACAAAAGAACAUUAGUACCCCCUAAAACUGUAAAUAGGCUUUAAAGAUUGGUUUAGUGCAUAGCAAAUACUCAUAUUGCUGGUGCUAGGAAGUGCAGAUUUCUGAUAAUAUCAAAUGAGGUACCAUAAAAUUGUGCCAUUAUAGUUAGGGAAGAUUCCUAUGUGCACAUACACAAUAUAUGGAUGACAGCUAAUGCAGAAUUAACAUCAUAAGUGUAGAACUUUUGAUUAGGGCAUUCUAAUUUACUGUUGGAUACAAAAAUAGUGUACAUAAUGAUAAUGUCUUUGUUGUAAUGUCUUUGUUGUGUAAACCAUUCUUGCUUUAACAAAUGGGAUUUUUUUUUCCUUUAAGAAAUUUUCAAGGAUUGAAAGGUGACUUGACCCUUUGUACAUGUUUAAGUUUAAUUAUUGUAAUAAUUUAACUUUGUUCAAACUCAAACACUGUUUUGGCAGCAAUAUUUUUAAUGUACACAUGUUUUGAAACAAUUACCAUUUGAAUGAAACAAAAAUUGAGGAAACACUUUAUUUACUUUUGCAUGGUUUACAAAAUCAAAAUGCAACUUUGUUACAUUACAAUUAAGUUGUGUUUUAAGUCAAAGUGUUUGUAUAGAAAGACCUGUUGAAAGUCAAAUUUCUAAUUGGUAUUUUCUCAUUUGUAAUCUUAAAAAUUAAAAUUCUUUUUUUUUGGUCAAGAUGUAACUUUUCUAUACAAAAUAAAAAAACAUUUUUAGCUAUCA